AUGUUCAGAUAUAUCCACGACAAAGCAUCCGAAAAUCUUCCUCCCGUUCUUAAUAAUCAUAAAACAGCUACUUUGAUCCUCAAAGCCUUAAAAGGAGAUAGAGAUAUGCCAGCUCUCGUUUUUGAAUGGAACCCAGCAGGGUUCAAUGACGUUGCGACUGCUCCAGGCCUUCGAAACGGAAUUGUAGGUCAAAGUAAGACUACGAUUGUCACGAACCUUACGACAAAUGGUGCGAAAAACUAUAAUGAUGUCGUAUUUACAUUUCCAAAUGGAUAUAGCAUUGGAGAAUGGAGGAAACGAAUAGUUACGAACAUACCAUGUAUCAAUUUAGCUCAAUUUUCCAUUUUAAUUGCCAAAGGGACGGGGGUUCCAAAUGUCAUCAAUUCAGUCACAAGAAUUAACCGAAUUACCGAACAUGACACAGACACAGCCAUACCCUCAACCGCAUUUGACCUUGAGGAAUUUUCAG